UGCCGAUGGGUGCGAGAGAGACAGAGCGACGAUGACUAUUCGCACGCAACCACCCGGCGCGUGCGUUGUGGAGGGUAGUGGAAGGUCAAGGGAGUGCCCGGUCCGGUCCGCAGAGGAGCCCCUGUCGCGGCGAUGGCGUCGGAAGCGGCCGCGGCGGCACCUGCGCGCUACACUGCAUGUGGUCGUCCAGGCUGUGCCGCAUGUGCUGUGCAGGCAAGGCCCCCGACGACGAGCGCACCACCAGGAGGGGCGAGCGGACCGACGAGGUGACCAAGGAGCCGGACGCCACGGAGGAGCCCUCCACGGAGCGCGACAACCACGUGACCAAGGACUCCGAGGGGCCGAAGCUCGUGUUCCCGAACCAGCUGCCCGAGGGAACGCAGGAGGCCAUGCUGGAGACGGCGGCGCACAUCCUGGCCAUCGUGUCUCGCGAGGACUCGGUGCGCAUCCGCAUCUGGGUGGAGAACCCCGAGCGCAACCUGGACAACAUCGAGCGCCUGGCCGGCAAGCUGGCCUCGUUCCCGCGUGCCCCCUUCGGGCGCGCGUACUGGCGCCUCGUGCUGCGCGCCUCCAAGGACCGGCCCUUCACGCUGCUCAGGGAGGCGCUGGCCGUCCGCGCCGCCUACCUCGAGAGCAGCGCCCUGGAGAGCAUAGGUCCCAGGCGUAAAAGCCAAUUACAAGAUUUAUAA